CUUAGCUUGCGUAAUGUUACUGACCACGAUACAAAUUAGUGUAAAUAAAUACUUUCUUACUUAUUUUACGUACUUAUGUAUGCAAAUCUUGAAAAACUGAUUCGCAAAACUGUUUUACAAAAUUGUACAGUACAUUAGUCGCUAAAAUUAUUUCCGCAAACAUUGCGAUAAAUUAUAAAUAUACAGCAAUGUCGAAAACCUUAGUUAAUUCUAUAAAUAUUGUUGUCGCAUUUUUUAUCGGCGUAAUUAAUUGUGAUGGAAGAAAUCAAGUUUCCACUUAUGACAGGGAUGUUACACUAACGCUGAAACAGAAAUCUAUUUUGGACGAGUUUGCAGGAAUAGUUUCAAAGAAGCUGCCCCAUAAAUAUAUGAUUGAGGAAAUGUACCUCAUCCGCUGGCUACGAGUGAAAAACUAUAAUAUUCCCGACGCAGUAAAUUAUCUGCUGCAGAACAUCCAAUGGAGAGAGGAAAACAGGAUGGACUUCAUUUCAGCGAGUGAGGACUGGAGCGACAUGGCCAGAGAUUUCAAAUACCAUAUCGAAGGUCAAGACCGAGCUGCACAACCGCUACUUUACGUUUCCGUGGACGAGCUCGACAUCAGGAAAUCUGUCGUUAACGGGAAAACCGAAAGACUGCUCCGUUUCGUGGACAAGGGUUUGGAGGAAGCAGCCCAAAUAGUGAACACUUUGGGGAAGAAGUACAAAAACGUGACGAGAGGGCAAAUUAUUAUCAACUUGUUUGGGUAUAAUCUAGUAGAGCACGGGUGCCUACGAUGUAUUCCCGUAAUUUUGAGGGGCAUUCUUUCAUAUGAAACACACUACCCAGAAUAUGUCGAUCAACUCAUUCUUCUGAACACUCCAUCAAUUGCUCAACCGUUGAUUAAUGCAGCCACAGCGCUCCUCAGCGAAUCAACACGUCGGUCCUUGAAGAUUUACGGGACCAAUAAAAGAGACAACUUGAAAAUUUUGGACACCAUGUUUGAACGGGAUCAAAUCCCUUUGGAAAUUGGGGGGACAAAAGUGUAUGGAGGACAGGCGUUGGAUUAUGAGGAUGAUUGGUAACAAAAACGUGCAGAACUUGUAAAAAAAUCAUCUGUAAAGUUUACUAAAUCACGUUAAAUAGAUAUGCAUUUACACUAUGUAGAUAUAAACAUUUUGGAUUUUUGUUGUGAAAGUUAUAAUCACAUUUUUAACUUACAGAAAUUUGUUCAUUUUAAAUUUGAGCUUACAUAUUGUUUCCAAAUGUGUGUUUUUCUUUCACGUGGAAAUGUGUUUACUUUGGUACAUAUAAACAACAAUAUAUAUAAACAACAAUUAGAUUCUGUUUUCGUGGUGCAAAGUUACACAAUUUGACUAUUUUAUUUUCCCCGAUUUUGAAUACCGUUAUUUUCAUCUUUGUUAAAAUAUGGACACUUGCCUAAACAUUUACAUAAAUAUAACGUACUUUGCUUUGCAGAAGUUUCUGCUAACAGUUUUCAAGCAAAAAUAUAAAUAUGUAUGUAUGCAUUACAUUAAUGCGAAUCAAUUUUAACAAUUGAGAUCACGCCAGUUUCUUUACAGCGUACAUAAAUAUAUAG